AUGGCAAGAGCUAUUGAUAGCCUGACACUGUCUGAUCUUGGCAAAGUGGACUUCUAUACCAACAUGCAAAUGUUGGAAUUCACGCAUUUCCAAGAGUUAUCUUCAAGGAAUAUCCUGCCUUCUUUGCAGAACCUUCUCUGCUAUGCUAAGGUGUUGGCUACUCAAUACUCUACAAAUAUAGCAUACAAGCAGGCACUCAGGCUGCGCUCAGCCUUGAAUUCAUCAGAAGGAGGAUGGGACAUACCUAUUGAAUCCUCCCAAGCGAGUCUAGAGGAUGCCAUAAAUGGCAAUGUUUUCCAAGGGGAUUGGACACUUGCAAAUUCCGUCCUGUUAUUGAGAGAUGGAAUCUGGUCCCUUGAGGUCUGUCAGGCCAUCGCUACCGGGGACAUUGGUCAUGUCUGGGAAGUCUUUAAAGUAUGGAUCUUUACCUUUGUGGGUGCUGGCAAUCACAACUACAUGCAAUACCUUCUUGAAAUCCACUGCAACAUCAAGUUUAAGUACUCUGAGGCCACACGUAUUACCCUGUUCAACAACUGGCUUGUGAACCUCAAAGGAGAGCCAGGCCACUUCCACAAGCUUGAACUAAUGCAAGAACAUUUCAAUUUUUGGUUAGAAGAGCUCACGCAGCACAAGGGAAAGGAGUUUGGCGAUGAGUGGUAUCGCCACAUGCUUGCCAUGCAUAUAUAUCACUUCCUUAGGCUUAAGGAAGAGAUGAAGAGCUCUAUUCCACUAGUGCGGCAGAACAAAGGUCACACCCAUAUGGAUAUCCAUAAUAAGGUCCCCAAGUCAUGCGCAUAUGCUGUGAAAGGAAGUUGCAUCAUUUCAAAGGCGGGCGAGACCUUGGAUUCUACUCUAUGGACAGUUUUGCUACUAGUUACACAAGGCUAG